AUGGCAGCGCUGCGCGCGGCCAACGGCUCCCUGGCGGCGCUGCUGCGAAAAGCGCAGUGGCCACAGGCCAUCGACAUGCUACGCCAGAUGCCGGCAAACGAGGUGGAGCCUUCGGUGGUCUCCUUCAACACCACCGUCGCUGCUUGUGCACGAGGUGCAGCGUGGAGUCUCUCGAUCGAGCUCCUCUCCGCGAUGCGAAGGGCGAAGGUCCACCCCAACAUCAAGACCUUCGGGGCUUGUGUCAGUGCGGCAGAGCGUGCGAGCCACUGGGUUCUGGCUCUUGAGUUGCUGAGGCAGCUGACUGCAGCCUCUUCGUCCCCAGACGGGCCGGUGGCCACCAGCGCCGUCAGCGCAUGUGGUAAGGCCACCAGGUGGCAGCAGGCGCUGUUUAUCUUCGCUGAAACGCAGA